ACAUGCGCAGAACAAACUAGCGAAAGGCUGGCGACGGAGGCUUCCUGGAGAAGUUUCAAACUGACGACGUGGCAGCCAAUAUUGCGAGAAACACCUCAAAUGCACGCAUUUUCCUAAGCCCACGAAACGGAAGUUGAGUUUGGAGCGACGGAGUGUUACCUGAAGUGAAGAUUGAAGACGUGAUAGAAGAUGGACGACUACUGCUAUGCUAAGAUGGCGACGUCAUGUCAAAGAGAACAUGAAAGACAAUCAGAAACUUCCAGCAAAUCACCGACGGAGAUAAAGACCAAAGAUGAAGACGUCCAGCAGCUGAUUGGUCAUCUGGAAGAACUUCUCCCUCAAUCGCCCGCUGGGAGCUCUACUUUCAAGCAGGACACUCCACAACCACCCUGCAUUAAAAAGGAAGAGGAGGAACUCUGCAUCACUCAGGAGGGAGAGUGUCUUCUAGGACGAGAGGAAGCUGAUUACACCAAGUUGCCACCGACUGUUGUCUCUGUGAAGACUGAAGAUGAUGAAGAGAAACCACAAGUAGACAACCUCUUAGCUCCACUCUCGGAUAGUGAGGCUGAAGAUGAGGUUGAAGUGACUUUGAGCAGUGAUGCAGACUGUGAAGGUGAUAUGAGGACUUACACUGACAACAAACAUUCUGAAUCCUCUGAAAAGAAAAGCGGUAAAACACGCAUAAGCUGCUCAGUUUGUGCUAAAAUCUUUACCAAGAAAAGCCAACUGACUAAACACAUGAGAACCCACACAGGCGAUAAACCAUUUAAUUGUUCAGUUUGUGGUAGAAACUUUUCCCAAAAUGGCAGUUUGACUCAACACAUGAGAACGCACACGGGAGAGAAGCCGUUCCAUUGUUCAGUUUGUAGGAAAAGCUUUUCUCACAAGAGUAAUUUAAUGGAACACAUGAGAACACACACCGGAGACAAGCCUUUUAAUUGUUCGGUUUGCGGUAAAAGCUUUACUCAAAGUGGCAGUCUGACGCAACACAUGAGAACGCACACUGGAGAAAAACCAUUUAGUUGUUCAGUUUGCGGGAAACGCCUGUCCCAUAGUGGCCGUUUGAUUCCGCACAUGAGAACGCACACAGGAGAAAAACCGUUUAGUUGUUCAGUUUGUGGUCAAAGCUUUUCCCAAAACGGCAGUUUGACCCAACACAUGAGAACGCACACUGGAGAAAAACCAUUUAGUUGUUCAGUUUGCGGCAAAAACGUAACCAACAGCAGUCACUUGACUUCGCACAUGAGAACACAUACGGGAGAAAAACCAUUUAAUUGUACAGUUUGCGGUAGAAGCUUUUCUCAGAAAUGCAGUGUGACUCAGCACAUGAGGACGCACGCUGGAGAAAAAACAUAUAGUUGUUCAGUUUGCGGUAAAAAAUUCCAUCGCAAUGCAGAUGCAGUAAAACACUUAAGUACACACAAGGGAGAGCAACCAAUGAGCUCUUAAGUUUGUGUUAUGUUGCACAUACAAACCCCGUUUCCAUAUGAGUUGGGAAAUUGUGUUAGAGGUUAAUAUAAAAGGAAUACAAUGAUUUGCAAAUCCUUUUCAAUCCAUAUUCAAUUGAAUGCUCUACAAAGACAAUAUAUUUAAUGUUCAAACUCAUAAACUUUUUUUUCUUUUUUUGUGCAAAUAAUAAUUAACUUAUAAUUUCAUGGCUGCAACACGUGGCAAAGUAGUUGGGAAAGGGCAUGUUCACCACUGUGUUACAUCACCUUUUCUUUUAACAACACUCAAUAAAUGUUUGGGAACUGAGGAAACUAAUUGUUGAAGCUUUGAAAGUGGAAUUCUUUCCCAUUCUUGUUUUAUGUAGAGCUUCAGUCCUUCAACAGUCCGGGGUCUCCACUGUCGUAUUUUACACUUCAUAAUGCGCCAAACAUUUUCGAUGGGAGACAGGUCUGGACUGCAGGCGGGCCAGGAAAGUACCCGCACUCUUUUAUUACGAAGCCACGCUGUUGUAACACGUGGCUUGGCAUUGUCUUGCUGAAAUAAGCAGCGGCGUCCAUGAUAACGUUGCUUGGAUGACAACAUAUGUUGCUCCAAAGCCUGUAUGGACCAUUCAGCAUUAAUGGUGCCUUCACAGAUGUGUAAGUUACCCAUGCCUUGGGCACUAAUGCACCCCCAUACCAUCACAGAUGCUGGCUUUUGAACUUUGCGCCUAUAACAAUCCAAAUGGUUAUUUUCCUUUUAGUUCCGGAGGACACCACGUCCACAGUUUCCAAAUAUAAUUUGAAAUGUGGACUCGUCAGACCACAGAACACUUUUCCACUUUGCAUCAGUCCAUCUUAAAUGAGCUCGGGCCCAGCAAAGCUGGCGGCAUUUCUGGGUGUUGUUGGUAAAUGGGUUUUGCUUUGCAUAGCAGAAUUUUAAAGGGGAACAUUAUCACCAAACCUAUGUAAGCGUCAAUAUAUACCUUGAUGUUGCAGAAAAAAGACCAAAUGUUUUUUUAACCGAUUUCCGAACUCUAAAAGGGUGAAUUUGGCGAUUUAAACGCCUUUCAAUUGUUCGCCUGUCAGAGCAAUGACCUUUCACGCAUGACGUCACAUCGUGAAGCGACCCGCCAUUUUCUCAAACACAUUACACACACCAAGUCAAAUCAGCUCUGUUAUUUUCCGUUUUUUCGACUGUUUUCCGGUACCUUGGAGACAUCAUGCCUCGUCGGUGUGUUGUCAAAGGGUGUAACAACAUGAAAAGAGACGGAUUCAAGUUGCAACAGUGGUCAAAAGAUGCAAAGUCCCUCGUUUGUUCCGCACACUUUGCCGACGACGGCUAUGCUACGACAGAGAUGGCAAGAAUGUGUGGAUAUCCUGCGACGCUCAAAGCAGAUGCAUUUCCAACGAUAAAGUCAACGAAAUCACAAAGGUGAGUUUUGUUGAUGUUAUUGACUUAUGUGCUAAUCAGACAUAUUUGGUCACGGCAUGACUGCAAGCUAAUUGAUGCUAACAUGCUAUUUAGGCUAGCUGUAUGUACAUAUUGCAUCAUUAUGCCUCAUUUGUAGCUAUAUUUGCACCCAGCUUUUCCCUCCACCCACAUUUAAUGCCAAACAAACACACACCAAUCGUUGGUUAGAAGGCGAUCGCUGAAUUCGUCCGCGCUUCCUCCCGUGUCGCUGUCUGUCGUGAUAUGGCUCAAAAGCUUCUGUUUCUUCUUUAAUUUCGUUCUCGGUACCUGCCUCCACACUCAAACUAUCCGUUUCAAUACAUGCGUAAUCUGUUGAAUCGCUUACGGCGCUGAAAUCCGAGUCCGAAUCCGAGCUACUAUGCUAUACCUUUCUGCGCUAUCCGCCAUUUUUGUGUCUGGUGGCUUCACGCAGUGACGUCACAAGGAGAAUAGACGGGUGGAUAUAGCGAUGGUGCAAAUCAGGCACUUUGAAGCCGUUUUUCGAGAUAUUGCGUGAUGGGUAAAAUUUGGAGAAAAACUUCGAAAAAUUAAAUAAGCCACUGGGAACUGAUUUUUAUUGGUUUUAACCAUUCUGAAAUUGUGCUCAUGUUGCCCUUUAACUUUCACUAACAGAUGUAGCGACCAACUGUAGUUACUGACAGUGGUUUUAUGAAGUGUUCCUGAGCCCAUGUGGUGAUAUCCUUUACACACUGAUGUCGGUUUUUGAUGCAGUACCGCCCGAGGGAUCACAAGGUCCGUAAAAUCUUCGCUUAUGUGCAGUGAUUUCUCCAGAUUCUCUGAACCUUUUGAUGAUUUUAUGGAGCAUAGAUGGUAAAAAAUAAAUUCCUUGCAAUAGCUCGUUGAGAAAUGUUGUUCUAAAACUGUUCGACAAUUUGCUUACAAAUUGGAGACCCUCACCCCAUCCUUGUUUGUGAAUUACUUAGCAUUUCAUGGAAGCUGUUUUUAUAGCCAAUCAUGGCACCCACCUGUUCCCAAUUAGCCUGCACACCUGUGGGAUGUUCCAAAUAAGUGUUUGAUGAGCAUUCCUCAACUUAAUCAGUAUUUAUUGCCACCUUUCCCAACUUCUUUGUCACGUGUCGCUGGCAUGAAAUUCUAAAGUUAAUGAUUAUUUGCACACAAAAAAUGUUUAUCAGUUUGAACAUCAAAUAUGUUGUCUUUGUAGCAUAUUCAACUGAAUAUGGCUUGAAAUUGAUUAGCAAAUCAUUGUAUUCUGUUUAUAUUUACAUCUAACACUAUUUUCCAACUCAUUUGGAAACGGGGUUUGUAUGUGGUGACAUCCCCCCAAACCCGGAAGCUCUUCAUCUACACUGCAAAAAGUCAGUGUUCGAAAACAAGGAAUAAAAAUACAAAAACGAGGGGUAUUUUAUUUGAACGAAGCAAAAUUAUCUGCCAGUAGAACAAUAAAAUCUGGCUUGUCAAGACAUUCCAAAACAAGUAAAAUUAGCUAACCGCAAUGUACCCCAAAAUGCCUUCAAAUAAGUAUAUUCUCACAAAUAACUGUACUACAAUAUGAGUAUUUAUUUUCUAUUGUUUCAUCGAAAAUAAAACAGCAAAGUCCUUUUGGCUGUCAUCUGUUUUACGGUAUGGCUCGGUUGGUAGAGCGGCCGUGCCAGCGACUUGAGGGUUGCAGGUUCGAUUCCCGCUUCCGCCAUCCUAGUCACUGCCGUUGUGUCCUUGGGCAAGACACUUUACCCACCUGCUCCCAGUGCCACCCACACUGGUUUGAAUGUAACUUAGAUAUUGGGUUUCACUAUGUAAAGCGCUUUGAGUCACUAGAGAAAAGCGCUAUAUAAAUAUAAUUCACUUCACUUCAUAUGAGACACAAUUGUGUCAAAGUCCAUCCAUCCAUCCAUUUUUCUACCGUUUGGUGUUACGGGGGGUCGCCGUGAUUUUUUUUUUUUUUUUUUACAUGCUUGAAAAAAGAAAUUAUUACUUUAGAAAUGUAGUUUUAUAUUUGUGAGUGUUGAUGACACAGCUUUGAUAUUCUAGUUUCAAGCUGUCAUGUUUUCUUUGGCUAUGUUCUGUUUGUUUUUUUGGACUCUUUUGGUUUCCGUUUGCGCUCCAUUGUUUCAGUUGCCAUGUCAACUCAUUAGUUUCACCUGCCUCAUUUGUUGGGACUCACGCACCUGUGCUACUUAAGACUUUAAUUAGCAACCGAGCGGUAUAGCUCGGUUGGUAGAGCGGCCGUGUCAGCAACUUGAGGGUUGCAGGUUCGAUUCCCGCUUCCGCCAUCCCAGUCACUGCCGUUGUGUCCUUGGGCAAGACACUUUACCCACCUGCUCCCAGUGCCACCCACACUGGUUCAAAUGUAACUUAGAUAUUGGGUUUCACUAUGUAAAGCGCUUUGAGUCACUAUGAAAAGCGCUAAAUAAAUAUAAUUCACUUCUAUUUAAGCUUGUAGUUGCCAGGCAGUCGGCCUGUCGUCAUCACUCCUGCUCACUUCAUGUCAUAGAUACUCCUGACAUCAAAUAACAUUCUCACGCUCCUUAUUCAUGCUUGAUUCAUGCUGCUCUGGUCUCGCCAUGUAAGUUUUCUUUGUUGUCCAAUCACAGUUUAGUGCCUUAUUUAGCUCAUGUUUCAUGUCUUAAGUUGUUUUUGCCUCUGCCUUUUGUUUGGUGCUUUUUGAGAAAAAGAUUAAAUCAUGUAUUUCCCUUCA